UCUUAGCCAAUUUCAAGGCUAAUAUGCUCAAAUUAAGGCUCGGUGACACAAUACAUGAGCCAAAUCAGCCUUGGCGCAUGACCUCCUUUUAAUUGGGCCCUUGGCACACAAACUGUUUACAUGGAUCAAUUGUUGCCACGUUACACAACCAUAGGCAGCAGCAAAAAAAAAAAAAAAAAAAGUUUCAUAAAAUCAAUUCAUACACCAUAACAAUAUUCACACACCAUCAAAGAUCCCCCGAAAAAUCAGUUUUUCCCUACACAAAUCUCAAAAAUGGCGCUGAGAAAUGCAAUUUCCAUAGGAAGAAGACGAGCAAACCCAGUAUUACAUACAUCAGCAGCAAUUUUUGCAACUUCAAAGACUCCCUCUCAUUUCCAACGUUCAUUUCCUUUUCAACAAACCAAUCCUGCUUUUCGACAUUCGAUUCGUGCUAUUCAAGAUACAACAUUGAACCCAGUAACACCCAACAAAGAUGAAGAAAAGAAGCAAGAUUAUGAUCAAAAUUGGAAAAUUAAAAUGCUGUAUGAUGGAGAUUGCCCACUUUGUAUGAGGGAGGUGAAUAUGUUGAGAGAAAGGGAUAAAAAAUAUGGAGCUAUCAAGUUUGUUGAUAUAGGUUCUGAAGAUUACUCACCUGAAGAAAAUCAAGGCCUUGAUUACAAUACUGUUAUGGGUAAAAUUCAUGCCAUUCUUGCUGAUGGAACUGUAGUAACCAAUGUUGAGGCUUUCAGGAAACUGUAUGAGGCUGUUGGCCUUGGAUGGGUUUACGCAAUCACGAAAUUUGAGCCUGUUGCAACUGUAGCAGAAGCAGUUUACGGUGUAUGGGCAAAAUACCGUCUUCAGAUAACAGGCAGGCCGCCUAUAGAAGAGAUCCUUGCAUCAAGAAGGAAGAAGGUGAAAUGUGUAAUGACAGCAAAUCUUGCAAAAUGUAAAGAUUCCAAGAGCUUGAGGAAUGAUCAGGAUGUCUAAACAACACUUACCACUGACAAUCCUUGCAGUCAAAAGCAGUGAAGCACCCCACUGUAUAUUUUAUACUUAUGAAAGUAGCUCAUGUAUACAUAAAGAAAGCUCUAUAUUGUAGAUUCAGAUGAAACAUGAAUCCAUAUUGUACAACUAAUAUGGCAUAUUCGAAGUACACAUUAAUUA